CCAUCUUCCUCCCAAGACACCUUCCAAAAUUUCUUCUACCACCACUUUGGAAUCAAUGUCAACCUCAAAUGUAUGGUACCCAUUAUCAAUCGCCCAAGAAACAGAUUGAUGAGCCACUUUUAGUUCCGCCUCCAUCGCUGAGUUCGCUGAAAUAGGAAAGUGAAGAGCCAUUACAAGGUCACCUGAACGAGACCAUAUCACUGCUCCUCUUGCUGCUGAGGCUGAAGUAUAUGAAGCGUCAAUAUUCAGCUUGAAGUCAAGAACAGGCAUUGCUAAAAGAAAAGCUAGCAUUGUUCCUUCUCCUAACCUGUUCAAAUGCUGAGGAUAAGGUGAAUUUGCCAUUACUUUCAGGGCUGAACCAAGAUAUUUCAUGGAAUAGUAUCAACAUCCUGAACUUCUUCUUCAGCAAAGAUUCCUUGGAAAUACCCUUCUGCAACCUUGCCAAUGCUUUCAGGUUCAGUACACAAAGUCCCAGCAGAGUCUUUGAUUGCAGAUAAGACAGGGGAGUGAUCUGAGGAGGUCUUGUUGAGAUGUUUAAUCUGAAUUGUAUCAUACAGCCCCAAGAAAGUUGGAUUAAACAAUACUCUAUCCAAUCUUCUCCAGACCCUACCAUUGGCUUUAACCCCAGUCCAAGUAAAGGGAGAUCCUUGAAAAGGUAAGUUGAGUUUGCCCUUCUUUCCACCUUUGAAUGUUAUCAAUAAAACAGCCAUCACCUUCAGGCAUUUGAAAGUCUAGAUCCUAUCCUGGAGUUGCUGGCUCAAUACUUGGAUCUAGGGUCUCCGUGUAUACCUCCUCAAUGUCAGUAUCAGUGUCUACCUCCACCCUUUCUUGAACUGCCUUAGAUGUUGAUGGGAUAUCUGCCACUGCAAUUGCCUUAGAUGUUGUUGGAAUAGCAUCCACAAUCUCCUGAAGAACAGCCUGUUCGUAAGUGGAUGGUUAUACAUAUUUAUUUCCCAUUCUUAAGAAAUGACAUAACAAAGGAUUCAGGCACUUCACUGAUCCGUUAUAUGUGUCAUCUCUCUUUCGCAUCCGACUAAUCAAAGACUACUCACUGUAGAUGGAGGUAAUCUCUGACAGUGUGUUUGGAAUGAGGGGGAGCCGGGGAGGAAUGUAAAUAAAGUGAAGGUAUCAUAGAGGAGGGGAGGGAUGCUCAUGAUCCACAUACAGUACACAUUUGCUUCUUCUCUGCUGGAGAUAUCAUAAGCUCACAGUAAACAAUCCAAGCAUUAAAGCAAAGAAGUUGCACCUUCUGCAAUGUUUUCUUCCAAAUGCUAUACCAAAGGUUAGAAGAAUUUUGAUAGGGAUCGCUUUUGAAACUAAACCAUACAUUAGGGGAUGCAAACUAUUUAAGAUUGCUUUGGAGCUAGAAUGGAAAGGGACUUCAAAAGAAGGUCUAGGCAAACCAUAUCAAAGCUGCGCCUCCACGCGUUCUCCCCCAACACCAUCGGUGUCGGCAAUCACCUCUACGUACACCACCGAAAUACUCCUCCCAUCUUAAACUUUUGUCCGACUCUAGCACCCCAAUCUGCCGUUCGUUGAGUGUCCUAGUGUCGACGAUGCUGGGAGAAGCGGCGGUGCGAUGAAGAUGCUUAGAUAAGCGGCAAUGCGGGGAGGAUGCUAAUCUAAAGAGGCUAAACGGGUGGAAUAUUCUCUAAAGAUCUGCCAGGCAAAGGUUAUGACAAUUUAGAAGCUAAGAUGGCCACCAAAGUAACUCCAAGAUCUUGCCUGCAAGUGGAGGUCAUACAUGGUGUGUAGUGCAAUGUUAUCAUGUUUCAAAUGAAAAAUUAUUCGAAUGAUGCAAGCUUGGUAAACUCUGCCUAAUCAAACAUCUCUGCCUAAUCAAACAUCUGGUUUUUCCUUCUAGUUGUAGAUUGUUUAAAUCUAUAUAUUUGAUUUCCGCUGCAUGUAAUGUCUCAUAUCAUAAAAAUGUCAUUGGCAUUGGUCCCUAAAAUUGGAACUGCCAGAUUACCUGCCAGCCACCUCAAGUCUACUGGGCAGAAUACUUUUCAGUAGAAAUUUGUUGCCAGAGAUGUUUUUCAAUGCAUGGUGGGAUAAACUCUAUGAUUUUUGCAGAAACACUUGACACUGGAGAGAGAAAAUUCUCCCACCUAGUGCUUAGGGCUAAAAUCCGGACGCACACUCCAAUUCCCUGGAAGAUUUCUUCUUCUUCUUCCGUAUUCCAUACUCCGAUCCACAUUCAAAUCGCAAUCGUUGCUGCAAUUGAAGAGAUCGACAAGCUUUGUCUGCCUCUCUCAGCCGCAAUGGAAGAGCAAAUAGCUCUCGCAGUUCGAAGCCAUCAAUGCCUCACACCUGCAUGUUUCCGCUUCCUAUUUGAGUAGAUUUUCGAUUUUGGGUUUUCCCUAUAUUACUUUGAGUGUUCUAUUGCACUUGACCUAGGUGUGUGUUG